AUGAGCUCCAUACCACAGGUAUUGCAUCGCACUGCUAAGCCUGUCGCUGUCGCCGAGUUUGUCGAUGCUGUGCAGGCAAUAUGCCGCCCCAGAUUCCCCGGCUCGCGUGGCCGUCAGGAACGCCCAGUCGGUCUGGCAAUCAGCGGAGGAGUGGACUCCAUGGCCCUAGCAUAUCUGUGUUCACGAGUCCACAGGAACCGUCAGUCGCUGAAGGUAGCUGACAACCCCGUCAGUGCCUAUCACUGCAUCGUGGUCGAUCACCGCAUGCGUGAGGGAAGCGACCUAGAGGCCGAGGCUGUCCGGGCCAACCUGACAAGCCUAGGUCUCAAAGUUCAUGCAGUGAGCAUCAGGUGGAGAGAGAUCCUGGAAGACACGGGGUACUCACAUCCCAAAGAGCUGCCCAACUUCGAGACUGUUGCCCGCCGUCUUCGGUAUCGCAAGAUGGCAUUUCUUUGCGCCAAGGCCAAGAUGGCAUCCCUCUUCUUCGCGCAUCAUGAGGAUGAUCAGUACGAGACAGUGCUCAUGCGACUGCUUUCCGGCCACAGUGCCGCUGGCCUGCUAGGCAUGCGUUCUGCUACUGAUAUUCCUGAGAGCCACGACUGCCAUGGUGCCUACCAGAGCGGGAUGGUCGACGACCAGGCGUCCAGAGCGCCUAUGAUCAACUACCGACCUACACGGUACGAAUUGUUCUCCAUCAGGGAUCAGAUGAUGGCUGAUAUAGACCCUGAGCUUGUGGCCAGGGAGCUCAAAAAGGGUACGCGCUCUAGUGCCUACCUCGAGGAUGAGUUUGAUGUAUACGUGCCAAAGGCUAAGAUGAUGCUUCCGGUAGCCCCUCCUCAAAUGGAGGACGGUGGUGUUAUGGUAUACCGGCCCUUGCUUGAGUUCAGCAAGGAUAGACUAAUUGCGACUUGCGAGGCUAAUGGGGUACCUUGGUUUGAGGACGCCACAAACCAGGACGCGACUCUGACGAUGAGGAAUGCAGUGAGACAUCUCUACAAAAAUCACACCCUGCCAGCAGCUUUGCAAAAGCCGGCUAUCCUAGAUAUGUCCAGACGUCUGCGGAGACAGGCAGAGCUUGACGAGGCCGAAGUGGACCGACUCUUGGGCCGGACCAUUGUACGCGAUUUUGAAUCCACAGCCGGUACCGUCGUUGUGCAACUGCCAUCAUUCCGGAUUCCUGGUAUCCGGCGAGGGCUCAACAACGAGGCUCGGCGCGCAAGGCGCUUGGAACACUACCGCUACAUCGCCGCUCUGCUUCUCAAGCGCCUCCUUGCCAUGGUGACGCCUGAACAGCAGGGGCCGUUCGCGACCAAUCUCCAAAACCAGGUCCUCCGCCUUUUCCCUUCUCUCAACGACGACCCAUCCACCUACGCAAAGCAUCCCAAAGCCUUCAAUGUUUCCAGCGUGCAUUUCCUCCCGGUGCAUACCUCGACCGAUCCAAGAGCGCCAAUGAGCUGGUACCUUACCCGCGAGCCUUACGUCUCCGGCCGCCCGCUCCCCAGCUGUGCAUUCGGGAGGCUGAGCAUACGUAUGCGCUGGCGCCGGCGGCCAGAGGUGUGGCGCUGGCCGGCGUGGAAGCCGUGGCAGUUGUGGGACGGGCGCUUCUGGGUGCGCAUUUGCAACCGGUCCAACGUGCACGCGGCAGUCGCCCCAUUCGAGGCCAAGCACGCGAAAGCGUUCCGCGACUCACUGCCCGACGGGCACGCACGAGACAAGCUGAUGGCACUGCUCAAGCACCACGCCCCGGGCAAGGUCCGGUACACGCUCCCGGCCAUUUACACGGGCGGCGACUACGAGAAAGCCUUGCGAGAGCCUGAGGGGGCCCCAGACAUGGAGCAGGCCCAGCUGCUGGACGAGGCUGAGGUCAGGAGGCAGUGGAAAGAGAUGGGCCCCCUGGGGCAGCGUCAAGAGUACCACAGGAUAAGAGAGUGGGAGAGGGAGGCGGGCAUAUGGGAAGUCAGCCAAGCCAUGGCGAAUGCAGAGCACGAAAAGAGGGUGCUGGUCGCGUUGCCGACUCUGGGUAUCUCGCGACGAGGGCUGAGCAAUUGGAUCAGGUACGACAUCAGAUAUCGAAAGGUGGACAGAGGCACGCUGGAGGAGACCGCGAAGGACGAGAGAGAAUUGGCCUCGUAUUCCCAUAAGAGCGGCGUGUUGCUUGUCUUCCUGCUCAGUCAAGCCGACGGCAUCUCCCUACGACUCUGGGAAGGAAAAUCACCGAUCCUCCACACGGCUACGUCGCAAGAGGAGGGCUCGUCGCCGACGAUGGCAAACUCAACCGCGGUCGACCUGGGUUGGUACCCACCAUCUCAGACGGUGAUCAACAAUCUCACCAGCGUCGUGAGCGAUAGCACCACGGGCGUUUAUGGCUUCAUUUACAACUCGUCGCAAACUCCUGACAAGGCUUAUGGCACUUAUAACUGGUGCAAUAUGCCACACGUCAGGGGCUCGGAAUAUAAGGUGCCUUCUGACGAGUACGAGCUUGUAUAUGUCGAAUUGAUGCACCGCCACCACAAGCGCACUCCUUACGCGGCGAACUCGUUCCCGGUCGAGUCCUACACCUGGGAUUGUGACGACGAAGGGCUGUAUUUCUUCGCGCGGCCAUUCUCGGAUGCGUCGUUGCCGGAUCCCAACAUGGGCAAGAAUGCAUCCGCGUUGGCCUUCUGGGACGGCUUCAGCGGUUUCAAUCCCUUUGGAGCCAUCGCCCAGGGCUUCAAGGGGUCGUGCCAGUUCCCGCAGAUCAGCUCGCAAGGACUGGAUGAUUCGUGGCAGCACGGCGCUGACUUGUAUGCGGCGUAUCACGACCUCUUGGGGUUUCUUCCCGAUCAGGACGACGAGACCUGGAGGGAGAAAGUCAAGUACCGGGUCACUAAUAACGUCAUCACGAGUGAGGUCGCCGGUAUGGUUAUCAACGGUAUGUGGGGAACUACCGCAUCCGUGCCGCUGCUCAUUCAGCCCACCGGCGUUGACUCCCUCGAGCCUUCGUACACUUGCGCCUCGUCGGCGGCCCAGUUCAACAGCAUCAAGUCCGACUCAAACGCUGCGUGGGCGGCACACUUCGACGCGACGCAGGACCUAUACGCCACGCUGGACGGCAUCUCGGGCGUCAGCCCUACAGACUCGGGCUUCCACGCCAGCUUCGAUCACUACUACGACAACCUGUCGGCGCGGCAGUGCCACGGUAAGCCGCUGCCAUGCAAGCUCGUCAACGUCACCGGUGCAGACGGCACCACGUCGCUGGUCAACGACACCACCGCCUGCGUGACGCAGGAUAUGGCCGACGAGGUUUAUCGCCUCGGCAACUGGGAGUACUCCCAGAUCUACCGCGACGCAGGGCCCUCGGCUCUCGCCGCCAGCGCGAGCUCCCUCGGCGUGUGGGUAGCGGAGCUGGCGGCGCACCUGCGGGAUGUGGUCGAUGGCACUGGCGACGGCACGCUCUGGUUCCACAAUGUAGCGCACGACGGGUCUGUCAGCCGGCUGUUGGGGAUACUGCAGGCGGACGAGAUGGUCUGGCCUGGCAUGGGGAGCGAGGUGGUGUUUGAGCUGUGGAAGAAGGAGGGUGGGUACUAUGUCCGUGUGCUUUUUGGGGGGCGGGUUUUGACAUCGUCGAACCCGAGCCUUGGGGUGAUGGAUAUGAUACCUGCGGAGACGCUGCUGGCGUACUUUGACGGACUAGCUGGAGUCAAGGCCGACUUGAUCGUUGGCAAGUGCAAUAGCGCCUCAUAG